AUGAAGACGCGACUCAAAAGCCCAGACCUCUACACCAUUGCAUGGAUUGCCGCCCUGUCCAUCGAACGAGCGGCGGCAACCGCGUUGCUGCACGAUCGCCAUGACGCGCCGGAAGGCUUCCACCAGCAUGCAUCCGACACGAAUGUCUAUACCUGGGGCCGGGUAGGCGAGCAUAACAUCGUGAUUGCUUCACUUCCCGCUGGAGUCUACGGGCUCACGUCUGCAGCAACUACCGUAUCGGACUUGGCCCAUUCGUUACCGCAUAUUCGAAUCGGUCUGUUGGUAGGCAUUGGGGGUGGCAUCGCUCGGCCUGACGAGGGACAGGACAUUCGUCUCGGGGAUGUCGUUGUCAGUAGGCCUGACGGCACGACCGGAGGGGUGGUGCAGUAUGACUUGGGUAAAGCGACUGCGAAUGGGGUCUGGGAGCGAAAAGGUUCCCUUGAUAAGCCCCCUUCAGUACUUCUUCAUGCGCUAGCAAGCUUGCAAGCGGAGCAUGAGAUUGCACAAUCGAAGGUGCCAGGCCUGCUUCAGACAAUGUUGGAGGCCAAUCCUGGCAUGAGACGCCCAAAGACAGACUUCACUUACCAGGGUACCGAGAACGAUCGACUGUUCAAACCCCAACACGAUCAUACCGGCGGCAGCAACUGCAAUAAGUGCGACCCAGCCUGGGAGGUGAAGCGUGAGCAGCGAGAGUCGACUGAGCCAGAGAUUCACUAUGGGAUCAUUGCCUCUGGUAACAAGCUUAUUAAGAAUGCAGCUUUUCGGGAUAGUUUGUUGGAGGACACGGAACAUCAAUUACUCUGUGUAGAGAUGGAAGCUGCGGGCCUAAUGGAUCGAUUUCCAUGUCUGGUGAUACGUGGUAUAUGCGACUAUGCAGAUUCGCAUAAGAACGACCAGUGGCAACGUUAUGCGGCGGCUACAGCAGCAGCGUUCGCUUUAGAGUUGCUCGAGUAUGUGCCAGUUGGACAGCUCAAGUCAACACAAAAGAUCAUCGAUGCCGUAAAAUCACUUAAUAGAGAAGUGAGUAAGUUGGAGGCCUCUAUUAACAACAUCGACCAUCACAUUGUUCUCGAUUAUCUUCCGAACGCUGAGGGUGCCUCAUUCGACUCUUACGAAGAAGAACACAAUCCCACAUGCUUAGCCAACACCCGAGUAGAGCUACUCAGAGAUAUCCACCGCUGGAUUGAUAACGCUACGUCGAAAACAAUCUUUUGGCUCAACGGCAUGGCAGGGACUGGAAAGUCGACCAUCUCGCGGACCGUUGCUCGGUCGCGGUCUGAGCGAGGCGAUCUCGGUGCAAGCUUCUUCUUCAAGAGAGGAGAGACUGAUCGACGGAACUUGGCCAAGUUCGUGCCUACGGUGGCUCGUCGAUUGGCAUGGAGUAUACCUGAGGUUACGCCAUUCAUCAAGACUGCACUUGAUACUGAUCCAGCGAUUGUUGACAAAGCCGUUCGAGAGCAAUUCGGUAGGCUCGUUCGAGAGCCGUUGUUAAAAGUGAAAACAACGUCGUUAUCCCAACCGUCAGUCGUUAUCGUUGUCGACGCGUUAGAUGAGUGUGAGAAGGAUGCUGACAUCAAGCUCCUUCUCGAACUUUUGUCCACCCUACGCCUUGCGGAGGUUUUGCGUAUUCGAGUGCUCAUAACCAGCAGGCCCGAACUUCCCUUACGACUUGGCUUCUCCUCCAUUGGUGAUACUCAUCAGGACCUCAUCUUACACAAAAUCCCACAAUCGAUCAUCGAGCACGAUAUAUCUGUCUUUCUUCGCCAUGAAUUCGCCAACAUUCGCGACAACUUUAACAUAGAGGCGGUAGAUGAACUGAAGCUACCAGUGUAUUGGCCUGGGGAGCCCAAUCUCGAGAAGCUCAUAACAGCGGCGGUGCCUCUUUUUAUUUUUGCCGCAACUGUCUGCCGAUUCGUUAAUGACUUAUGUCUGGGCAGUCCUGAUGAGCUUUUGCAAAGCGUGCUCAACGUCGCAGGUACUAGUCAAGGCUCGAAGCUUGAGAUGACAUAUUCGCCAGUUUUGAAACAACAAGUCGUCAACAGAUCAGGAAGCGAGAGAUUGGACAUCAUCGAGAGCUUUCGUCUUAUUGUCGGCACUAUCGUCAUGUUGGCUAGCCCCUUAUCGAUGCGCGCUCUAGCACUACUUCUUGAUAUUCAUGUCAUCAAGGUGAAGACCAGGUUAAGUAUGUUGCAUUCCGUCUUGGAAGUACCGGAAAGUCUCGACUUGCCGGUACGACUGCUCCAUUUGUCGUUUCGAGAUUAUUUGAUCGACCCAGGAAACAAAGAGACAGCUGAGUUCCGGGUGGAUGAGAAACUCAAGCACCAAAAUCUGACAAGACACUGUUUGCGAGUCAUGUGCAACGCCCUGCAUGAAAAUAUAUGUGGGCUGCCUUUUCCAGGUGCGCGCCGAAUCAUGGUGAAUAGUUCAGAAUUAGAGGAACGCAUACCCCCACAACUUCAGUACGCUUGCAUGCACUGGGCUUAUCAUCAGACCGAGGGCGACUCCAGGCCGGACCAUGAUGACGAAAUGCAUGAUUUCUUGACCACACACUUCCUACAUUGGCUGGAAGCAAUGAGUUUGCUUGGCCGAGUCAAGGAAUGUCUCGACUCACUCAAGUCACUAGCGAGAUGGUUGGAGAUGCAGUGCGAUUUGUUCAAGCCUAUUUUGCUGUGA